AGUACUUUCGUAGUGCACUGCUCUCUAUAUCGGAACGCUAUUCGUAGUACUAACAGUACUCGGAGUGAAUAAAGGAACGCACUCUAUGUCUUCUGAUUUUCACUUAGACAGUGAAUAUCGGAACGCAGCCACAUGAUAGAGGCACGUGGAGAGUGUCAUAGGUUUUAUAAAGAUUAUUGAAGAAAGACAUAAAAAUUUAUCAAAAAUGAAAGUAAAGGCAAUUGGGAAAGCUCCUGAUUUGUCAAGAGGAAAAAAGUUAACAUCUAUCAAAAAAAAGAAAAGAAACUUGAGCAAGUUAACUAUGGAAGAGUUCUUAGAACAAAAUUUUGAAACAGAUAGUGAUGGGCUUGAUGGUGAAAAUACAGCAAAUAAAGAUAUAAGCAAAGAUAAUGAGUAUGUAGAUAGCGACAGCAGUGAAGGUGACUUAGACCCUGUAGAGCAUAAAAAGUCAUUAAUAAAGCUGAAAGAUACUGAUCCAGAAUUUUAUAAAUAUCUAAAAGAAAAUGACAAGAAUCUUUUGAACUUUAAAGUAUCAGAUAUCGAAAGUGAAAUAGAUGAUGAUUCUUCAGUAACCAAUUCUGAUAUCAGACAUAUUCCUAAUAAAAAUUUAGAGGUGGCUAGUGAUGAUAGUGAUUUGGAACCAGAAACUGGAUGUGAUGCCAAACAGAAAAUCACUUUGCCCUUAUUGAAAAUUUGGCAACAAGAGAUACAAACUGAUAAGUCAAUAGUGACCAUUAGAUUUGCUGUAGAGGCUUUUCAUGCAGCUUUGGAUAGUGUUGCAGUAUCACCUGAUCCUACCUCACGAUGUAAGGUAGAGGGAAGUGCAGUGUUUAACGGUGUAAUGCAGUUGUGUAUAAUGUAUUUACCUGAUGCAUUUAAACGUUUCUUAAAUUUGGAUUCGGAAUCACAAGAAGCACAUAAAUCUAAGAGAUUUGGAAAAAUACGAGGAAUUUUAAAAUCAUACUUAUCUGAUCUAAUCAAAUUGUUACAAAGUGUAGCAUCAUCCAACAUUCUCACAGUACUUCUGAAGCAUCUUCGUCAAAUGUUACCUUAUACUCGUUCAUUCUCUUCAUUAACUAAACCAUUGUUGAGAAUUUUGAUAAAAUUUUGGUCAACUGCAGAAGAGACUGUCCGGAUUGUAGCUUUUUUAAACAUAUUAUAUAUAGCAACUAGCAAAGAAACCGUGUUGGAGAAAUUAUUGAAGAUCAUGUAUGUGAAAUAUGUUCAGAAUACAAAAUUCGUUUCACUUAACACGUUACCAGGAAUAAAUUUUAUGAGACAUUCUUUGGUUGAAAUUUAUCUAAUUCAACAUGAUGUUUCAUACAAUCAUGCCUUCUUAUACAUCAGACAAUUAGCAAUUAAUUUAAGAAAUGCAAUAACAUUAAAGAAACAGGAACAUUUUCAAGCUGUAUAUAAUUGGCAAUAUAUAAAUUCUUUGCGUUUUUGGGUGGAGUUGAUAACCAGGUCAAAGGAUAAAUCAAUGUUACGAUCAUUGUUAUAUCCACUAAUCCAAAUCAUUAUCGGGACAAUAAAAGUUAUUCCAACAGCACAAUAUUAUCCACUGAGAUUCCACUGUGUAGAAAUGCUAAUAACCAUAUCUAAGGAUACAGGAACUUUUAUACCAGUCUUACCAUUUCUCAUUGAGAUAUUAGACUCUUACGAUUUUAAUAAACAUAAAGCAGUUUCGAUGAAACCUAUACCGUUUAUUUGCAUAUUAAGGAUGUCAAAAUCACAAUUAGUAGAGAAUGGUUUCAAGGAUAGUAUUAUCGAAGCUGUUUACAAAUUUAUAUUGGAACAUGCAGCAAACGAAAGUCAUAGAAUAUACUUCCCGGAUGUAUAUAUACCUUGUAUAAUACAGUUAAAAGCGUUUUUGAAAAAAUGUCACGUGGCGACUUAUUGUAAGAAGAUAAAACAACUUUUAAAUUUGAUUGAAGAAAAUAGAAAGUACAUUGAAACUGAACGUACUAACGCAAAAAUAGAUUUGAAGAAUAUAGCAAAGAUUAUGAAUUUGGAAAAUAAAAUGAAGACAAAUGGUACAGAAUUAGCUAAAUUCUAUGUUUCCUGGAUCAAGCUUUAUGAAUCUCAAAAACUUAAACAUCUUACGAAAAACGAAGAAGAAAUAGAUAUACCCGUGAGAAAACUAAAGAAACAGAAACUAAAUGAGCAAAAUACAGAUAGUGAAGAAGAAAGCGAAUUUGAACUUACAUUGAAGGGAACAAAAUCUAAAACAGAAAAGAAAAAGUCAUCAAAUAUAAAGAAAACUGUUAAGAAAAAUAAAAAGAUAUCUAAAGAUAAAGAUAUCAAUGUCGAAGAUGAAGAUGUGUCAAAAGAUAUUAUGGAUAUUGUACAAGAUAUAAAUAGUGACGAGUGGGAUUAAAAAGAUUGCUGCGCAUGAACUUGGACAAGACCUAUAUCUCUUGAUAAGAUUUUACUAGACUUAUUUACAUGAUCUAGGACAUUUAAUAUUCAUCAUAAUAUUAAUUUUAAUGAUUCAAAGUAUCUGGUAUCAUCUCUCGUGGAUAGCUAGAGUAAAUUGUACUGAAUUAAAAAGUCCUUUUUGCGAGUUUCGCGAUAAUUAAAAAAUUAUUAAUUUACGGAUUAUUAAUUUUAUGGAUUCGCAAAUAAGUGAGUAUUUACGCGAAGAAACAGCUCAGUGCUAUGCAACAUUUAUGAUUGCUAAAUGUGUGGCAAAAUGUUGAUCUUGUGAUCUACAAAUGACAAAGUAUUUGUUUAUAGUUAUAGCAUGCCUCCAAUGUUGCCGCGCGUCUAGUAAUCAAAUGUAAGGGAGGAUGGUGGACUGUCUUUUUGUACAAAAACUCAUUCGCGGAUAUGUAUCAAUUACUCUUUAAUUAUUGCGACAAUCAUAAAAUGAUGUAAGACUUCUAUUUGAUAUAAUCUACUUUAUUUAUUUUUUUUUGUGAUUUCCCCGGGUGAGGAGUAAGGCUGUUUGUACACGGGAUGCGGCAACACGGUAGCCAAUCACCGUCUUGUUUUCUCGUUACCAGAAAAGACGGUGAUUGGCUAUUGCAUUGCGCGGUGCAACCAGUCUAAUUAAGUGCCGUCAAUCUCCUUAGGAUUAUUCAGCACAAGUCUCUUUCUUCCUUGUUUGGUUCUCUUCUGUUUAUAUUACUCUUCCGAUUUCAGGUUUCACUUUCUCUUUAGUCUUAAUAAAUGCAUGACGUAAUACAAAAUUAAAAAAUUAAAAAUUAAAAAAUUAUGUAGGGAUAAAAGACGUCCUAUCUAUUCAACGGCCCGAAAAGAACUUAAAUCUACUUUAUUUGUCCACGAGAGAUUAUUAUUGGACACCUUGUACACAUACAUACACACACACAUACAUAUCAUACACACCACACGUACACAUACAUCAUAUAUGUAUUAUAUAUUAUCACAUAUAUGUACAUACAUAAAGUAGUACAUUUUGUGCAUAUUUGGAAUGUAGCACAAUAAAAUUUGUCAUUAUUU